CACCCACCCCAGUGCCCCUCAGCAGGGCUGUAAUCAAUGUGUUAAACUCUCUGGGGCUUUGCUUCAGGAUGACUUCGGAGUCCCUUCCAGGCCCCAGCACUUGUUCAACCUAGAACAGAGGACUGCUUGACCACUUAGUCUCCAUUUACUCCUUUGGAAGUUGGGUAAUAGUCAUGAUACCUACCUUUUUAGGUUUGUUUGAGGAUUUAAUGGGGUAAUGAAUGUAGACUGCUUUGCAGUCAGUCAACUUUCAGGAAACGGCAUCUGUUAUAAUCCUCAAAGCUCAAUAAUUUAUUUUAUAUAACCAACCAUUUUUACAGUUUUAGAUUAAAAAUUCGACUGAUUUUUUUCUAAUUAUACCAAAAACACAUGAAUGCGUUAUCAUAUGAAGGUAAAACAUUGCAGAUAAAGCUAAAGAGCCCCUUCAUCUCUCUCAAGCCCCAUUGCUUUCUUAGAGGUGAACAUUUUGUCAGUUUUCACAUCCUUCCAUGUCUUUUUCUUUGCCUUUAAAAAUACACACACAUGCAUAUAUGUAUUUUCUACUUCAUGGAUUAAGAAUUUUAAAAGCUAGUGAUUUUUGUAAAUAUAAUUAUUAGUUAAUUAGAAUCUGUAUUUUACAGACUCAGUAACCAAAGGAUAGGAAAAUUUAGCAAUUGGUUACCCCCCGAAAAAAAACCCAAUGGGUUAUGUGGUAACAAAUCUGGGGCCAAAUGAUAGAAUUCUGUAUAACUCUAAAAACAAAAAAACCAAACCCCUUGCCAUCGAGUCAGUGUCCUAUAGUGACCCUAUAGGACAGAGUAGAAUUGCCCUAUACAGUUUCUAAGGAGCGCCUGGUGGAUUUGAACUGCUGACCUUUUCAUUAGCAGCCAUAGCACUUAACCACUGUGCCACCAGGGUUUCUGUAUAACCCUAGAAAGGUUUAAUCAAAGGGAAAAAAACUAGAAGAAAUAAUAAAUAACUUCAGUCCUUUAGUUCAAAAAUACACGUUUGCUUUUCUGGACAGUAAAUAGAUCAGAACUUAAGAAAUUCGCAGUCUCUCAGUUUACCUUAUAUUCUACAACUAGAGGUCAAUGAUAACAUUUGUUAAUCUGACAGUAAGAAAAGAUGUUUUCUUUCUCAGAAACAUGAAAAUUUGCCACGACCUUUUUGGGAUAAGGGAGGGAUGGUGGUGUAGUAGGGAAGAAUAGUAUUUGAAACUACUGUUUACAAAUCAUUGAUCCUCAAGUGUACUUAAAUUACUUUUGUGGUUGUUGUUGUUAGGUGCCGUCGAGUUGGUUCCGACUCAUAGUGACCCUGUGCACAACAGAAUGAAACAUUGCCCGGUCCUGCGCCAUCCUUACAAUCGUAGUUAUGCUUCAGCUCAUUGUUGCAGCCACUGUGUCAAUCCACCUCGUUGAGGGUCUUCCUCUUUUUCGCUGACCCUGUACUCUGCUAAGCAUGUUGUCGUUCUCCAGAGACUGAUCCCUCCUGACAACAUGUCCAAAGUACGUAAGAUGCAGUCUCGCCAUCCUUGCUUCUAAGGAGCAUUCUGGCUGUACUUCUAAGACAGAUUUGUUUGGUCUUUUGGCAGUCCAUGGUGUAUUCAGUGUUCUUCGCCAACACCACAAUUCAAAGGCAUCAACUCUUCUUUGGUCUUCCUUAUUCAUUGUCCAGCUUUCACAUGCAUAUGAUGCGAUUGAAAAUACCAUGGCUUGGGUCAGGCGCACCUUAGUCUUCAGGGUGACAUCUUUGCUCUUCAACACUUCGAAGAGGUCCUUUGCAGCAGAUUUGCCCAAAGCAGUGUGUCUUGAUUUCUCGACUGCUGCUUCCAUGGCUGUUGAUUGUGGAUCCAAGUAAAAUGAAAUCCUUGACAACUUCAGUCUUUUCUCCGUUUAUCAUGAUGUUGCUCGUUGGUCCAAUUGUGAGGAUUUUUGUUUUCUUUAUGUUGAGGUGUAAUCUAUAUUGAAGGCUGUGGUCUUUGAUCUUCAUUAGUAGGUGCUUCAGGUCCUCUUCACUUUCAGCAAGCAAGGUUGUGUCAUCUGCAUAACGCAGGUUGUUAAUGAGUCUUCCUCCAAUCCUGAUGCCCCGUUCUUCUUCAUAUAGUCCAGCUUCUCGUAUUAUUUGUUCAGCAUACAGAUUAAAUAGGUAUGGUGAAAGGAUACAACCGUGACGCACACCUUUCCUGACUUUAAACCAAUCAGUAUGCCCUUGUUCUGUCCUAACAACUGCCUCUUAAUCUAUGUAAAGGUUCCUCAUGAGCACAAUUAAGUGUUCUGGAAUUCCCAUUCUUCGCAGUGUUAUCCAUAGUUUGUUAUGAUCCACACAGUCAAAUGCCUUUGCAUAGUCAGUAAAACACAGGUAAACAUCCUUCUGGGAUUCUCUGCUUUCAGCCAGCAUCCACCUGACAUCAGCAAUGAUAUCCCUGGUUCCACGUCCUCUUCUGAAACCGGCCUGAAUUUCUGGCAGUUCCCCGUCAAUAUACUGCUGCAGCUGUUUUUGAAUGAUCUUCAGCAGAAUUUUGCUUGCGUGUGAUAUUAAUGAUAUUGUUCUGUAAUUUCCACGUUCAGUUGGAUCACCUUUCUUGGGAAUAGGCAUAAAUAUGGAUCUCUUCCAGUCAGUUGGCCAGGAACCUGUCUUCCGUAUUUCUUGGCAUAGAUGAGCGAGCACCUCCAGCACUGCAUCUGUUUGUUGAAACAUCUCAAUUGAUAUUCCAUCAAUUCCUGGAGCCUUGUUUUUCGCCAGUGCCUUCAGAGCAGCUUGGAUUUCUUCCUUUAGCACCAUUGGUUCCUGAUCCACAUGCCACCUCUUGAAAUGGUUGAAUAUUGACUAAUUCUUUUUGGUAUAAUGACUCUGUAUUCCUUCCAUCUUCUUUUGAUGCUUCCUGCAUCAUUUAAUAUUUUCCCCAUGGAAUCCUUCACUAUUGCAACUCGAGGCUUGAAUUUUUUCUUCAGUUCUUUCAGCUUGAGAAACGCCGAGCAUGUUCUUCCAUUUUGGUUUUCCAUCUCUAGCUCUUUGCACAUGUCAUUAUAAUACUUCACUUUGUCUUCUCGAGAGGCCCUUUGAAAUCUUCAGUUCUUUUACUUCGUCAAUUCUUCCUUUUGCUUUAGCUGCUCGACGCUCAAGAGCAAGUUUCAGAGUCUCCUCUGACAUCCAUCUUGGUCUUUUUUUUCUUUGCUGUCUUUUCAGUGACCUCUUGCUUUCUUCAUGGAUGAUGUCCUUGAUGUCAUUCCACAACUCGAGUGGUCUUCAGUGAAUAGUGUUCAGUGCGUCAAAUCUAUUCUUCAGAUGUUCUCUAAAUUCAGGUGGGAUAUACUCAAGGUCAUAUUUUGGCUCUCAUGGACUUGCUAUGAUUUUUUUCGAUUUCAGCUUGAACUUGCAUAUGAGCAGUUGAUGGUCUGUUCCACAGUCGGCCCCUGGCCUUUUUCUGACUGAUGAUGUUGAGCUUUUCCAUCAUCUCUUUCCACAAAUGUAGUCAAUUUGAUUUCUGUGUGUUCCAUCUGGUGAGGUCCAUGUGUAUAGUCGCCGUUUAUGUUGGUGAAAGAAGGUAUUUGCAAUGAAGAAGUCAUUGGUCUUGCAAAAUUCUAUCAUUCGAUCUCCGGCAUUGUUUCUGUCACCAAGGCCAUAUUUUCCAACUACUGAUCUUUCUUCUUUGUUUCCAACUUUCGCAUUCCAAUCACCAGUAAUUAUCAAGGCAUCUUGAUUGCGUGUUCGAUCAAUUUCACACUGCAGCAGCUGAUAAAAAUCUUCUGUUUCUUCAUCUUUGGCCCUAGUGGUUGGUGCAUAAAGUUGGAUAAUAGUCAUAUUAACUGGCCUUCCUUGUAGGCGUAUGGAUAUUAUCCUAUUGCUGACAGCGUUAUACUUCAGGAUGCAUCUUGAAACGUUCUUUUUGACGAUGAAUGCAACACCAUUCCUCUUCAAGUUGUCAUUCACAGCAUAGUAGACUAUAUGAUUGUCUGAUUCAAAAUGGCCAAUACCAGUCCAUUUCAGCUCACUAAUGCCUAGGAUAUUGAUGUUUAUGUGUUCCAUUUCAUUUUUGACGAUUUCCAAUUUUCCUAGAUUCAUACUUCGUACAUUCCAGGUUCCAAUUAUUAAUGGAUGUUUGCAGCUGUUUCUUCUCGUUUUGAGUUGUGCCACAUCAACAAAUGAAGGUUCCGAAAGCUUUACUCCAUCCACGUCAUUAAGGUCGACUCUACUUUGAGGAGGCAGCUCUUCCCCAGUCAUCUUUUGAGUGCCUUCCAACCCGAGGGCUCAUCUUCCAGCACUAUAUCAGACAAAGUUCCCCUGCUGUUCGUAAGGUUUUCACUGCCUAAUGUUUUUCAGAAGCAGACUGCUGGGUCCUUCUUCAUGGUCUGUCUUAGUCUGGAAGCUCAGCUGAAACCUGUUCUCCAUGGGUGACCCUGCUGGUAUCUGAAUACUGGUGGCAUAGCUUCCAGCAUCACAACAACACACAAACCCCCACAGUACAACAGACUGACAGACACUUGGGGGAAAACUGGAAGUUAGGUCUUGAAUAUUAGAUUCAGGUAAAACAUCUAGGCAAGAAUAAUCCUAGGUGAUUGAGCACCUCAAGUUGUUUCAGGUCUGGAAGUACGUAAAGCUAGGUUGUCCCUUUAUUAGUGAUGGCUAAGAUUGGCUAAGGUGGCAACUAGUAGAUUGGUCCAUUGUAAAGGUACUUUUUUUUCUUUUGCAGUUAGAAAGUAAUCUGUGGGUGAUACUUGGGCCACAUAGCAGGUAAAUAUUCGAGUAUUUGUCAGGCAUGUGCUAGGUACUGGGAGACAAUGGAGAAGGAUUCCUCUCACAGAACUUCCCUGUUUCUUUUUCCCUCCCAAGUUUGAGGACGAUACAGUGGGACUGGGUCUGCCCUGGAGGUAGGAGCAUUUGCAUUGCAGCUUUAUGUUGAUUUCAGAAAAAAAGGAUCAGUGAAAAAGUAUAUGCCAUUGUAAUUUUUCACUGAAUUUAGCUCUGCCUCACUGCCCUUUUCUUUAUCUGAUAAUUUCCAUGAGGCUUCCUGGGGGUAUAAUUGGGAGAGAAACUCUUCCUGAAAUAAAAUUCUGUAGUUUAGUUCUGGUAGAGAGGAAGAGGCAGUGAUGUUCUAUUUCAGCCACAGCCACCAGUAGAGUUUGUUGCGAUGUCUUGGGUGUCCUGAAGUGUGCUCAGGCUGCGGGUGGAACUUCAGCUGUUGGUGAAGACAGGCUCUCCCUUUCACUGUGUGCUGUUUCCAUUUGUUGCAAUGUGCCAGAUGUAGGCCUGCCUUUGCCAGGAUACAGAGAGAUCCACAACUUGAACCAUUGUUUCAAUGCUGCAGUUUUGACCCUAGAAAUCCUGUAGAGCCAGAUUGAGAGCAGUAAUUGUAAUGCCAGCAGCAACAUUGUUGUUGACCAGUUUGCUGGGAAGGCAGACCCUUCAUUUAGGCAGUAGACCUUACCAUUAACACCCAGAGUUCUGUUUAGAGGAAAGUAAAGAACCCUUUUAUUUCUGGCUGAUGGAGCUUGGAUAACUUUUCUUGCCUGCCUUUUCCCAGAAUUGACUGUGGAAGAGAAAGUAGUAGGAAGGGCUUUAGUGAUGGCUGUGGCAAUAGCAUGCUGUUAUGGGUAGCUGAAAUACGACUUUCUUAAGCUGUAUCCACCUGAAACCUUUAAUUGCUUUCAUGUCGUAGGGUGUCCACUUUAUUUUAAAUUCUCAGUUUUGAGUUUAUUGAUUAUAGGUUGUGUGUGUGUCGCCUUUGCUUUGGCAGUAGGGAAAUUAAUAUAUCGAAGUACAACGUUUUCCACACUUCUUGACCUGCAGUAGAAAAUACAUUUUAUUUUAUGACCCAGUAUUCUCCUAUACAUGUAUAUACAUAACUGUAACAAAAGUUUCAGGAAACGAUAACUUACCCAUACUGUGGUUUCUGAUAUUUUCCAUUCUGUUCUAUUGUUUAGCUUAAAAAAAAAGAAAAACAAAAAACCACAUACUGAAACCUAAGUUGAUUUUAUGGCCCAUGGUUUACAAAACAUUGGUGUGGAACAAUGGAUCUCAAAAACGUGGCCCAGGGUCGUACUCAGAAUCCUUGCAUAGAGGAACAGAAUAACCACGGCCUGUAUCAUCAUGCAUUAACAUGCAGCUGUCAUACUAAUGGCUUACAGUUGCAGCAGCUACAGAAGCGUGGCACCAUGAGGCGGCGCUAUGAGGAUGACGGCAUUUCAGAUGAUGAGAUUGAAGGGAAGAGAACCUUUGACUUGGAAGAGAAACUGCACACCAACAAAUACAACGCAAAUUUUGUUACUUUUAUGGAGGGAAAAGAUUUUAAUGUAGAAUAUAUCCAGCGGGGUGGCUUGAGAGACCCUCUGAUUUUCAAGAAUUCUGAUGGCCUUGGAAUAAAGAUGCCAGAUCCAGACUUCACUGUGAAUGAUGUCAAAAUGUGUGUGGGGAGCCGUCGCAUGGUGGAUGUCAUGGAUGUGAACACACAGAAGGGCAUUGAAAUGACCAUGGCUCAGUGGACACGCUACUAUGAGACCCCAGAGGAGGAACGAGAGAAACUCUAUAAUGUCAUCAGCCUGGAGUUUAGCCACACCAGGCUGGAGAACAUGGUGCAGAGGCCCUCCACGGUGGAUCUCAUUGACUGGGUAGACAACAUGUGGCCACGGCAUUUGAAGGAAAGUCAGACUGAAUCAACAAACGCCAUUCUGGAGAUGCAGUACCCAAAAGUACAGAAGUACUGUCUAAUGAGUGUUCGAGGCUGCUAUACUGACUUCCACGUGGACUUUGGUGGUACCUCUGUUUGGUACCAUAUCCAUCAAGGGGGAAAGGUCUUCUGGCUCAUCCCCCCUACAGCCCACAACCUGGAGCUGUACGAGAAUUGGCUGCUGUCAGGGAAACAGGGAGACAUCUUUCUGGGUGACCGGGUGUCAGAUUGCCAGCGCAUUGAGCUCAAGCAGGGCUAUACCUUCGUCAUUCCCUCAGGAUGGAUUCAUGCUGUGUAUACUCCUACAGAUACAUUAGUGUUUGGAGGCAAUUUUCUGCAUAGCUUCAAUAUCCCUAUGCAAUUAAAAAUAUACAACAUUGAAGAUCGGACUCGGGUUCCAAAUAAGUUCCGCUACCCAUUCUACUAUGAGAUGUGUUGGUACGUGUUGGAACGCUACGUGUACUGCAUAACCAACCGCUCCCACCUCACUAAGGAGUUUCAGAAAGAGUCCCUUAGCAUGGAUUUGGAGUUAAAUGGGUUGGAGUCCGGAAAUGGGGAUGAGGACGCUGCAGCGGAUCGAGAACCCCGGCGCUUGAGCAGUAGGCGUUCUAUUCUGACGAGCCCUGUAGCUAAUGGGGUCAACCUGGAUUAUGACGGACUGGGCAAAGCCAGCCGAAGUCUUCCAAGCCUGAAGAAAACCUUGGCCGGUGACACAUCCUCUGACUCUAGCCGGGGUUCCCACAAUGGCCAGGUGUGGGACCCCCAGUGUAGCCCCCGAAAGGACAGGCAGGUGCAUCUGACCCAUUUUGAGCUUGAAGGGCUUCGCUGCCUUGUAGAUAAGUUGGAGUCUCUGCCACUGCACAAGAAGUGUGUCCCCACGGGGAUAGAAGAUGAAGACGCCCUCAUUGCGGAUGUAAAGGGGGUGAGUGUGGCAUUAAUAAAGGGAAGAACUAGCGGAAGACCCAGGAUAAGAGCUCUUAAUCCAUUAAACCAGAUGUUUUAUAGAAAAAAAGUAGCCUGUAUAAAUAGAACUUCAUUUAUGGAUUUUACUAACAAGGUUUUGCUGGAGGAGCUUGCCAACAGUGAUCCCAAGUUAGCCCUCACUGGAGUCCCCAUAGUACAGUGGCCAAAAAGGGAUAAGCUUAAAUUCCCCACCCGGCCAAAGGUGCGGGUUCCUACCAUCCCCAUCACAAAGCCUCACACUAUGAAGCCAGCUCCGCGGUUAACACCUGUGAGGCCAGCUGCUGCCUCCCCCAUUGUAUCAGGAGCCAGACGGAGACGAGUGCGGUGUCGAAAAUGCAAAGCCUGUGUGCAAGGAGAAUGUGGCGUUUGCCACUACUGCAGGGACAUGAAGAAGUUUGGGGGGCCUGGUCGCAUGAAGCAGUCCUGUGUCCUCCGGCAAUGCUUGGCACCUAGACUGCCUCACUCCGUCACGUGUUCCCUCUGUGGUGAGGUGGAUCAGAAUGAAGAGACACAGGACUUUGAGAAGAAACUCAUGGAAUGUUGUAUCUGCAACGAGAUAGUUCAUCCUGGCUGCCUCCAGAUGGAUGGAGAGGGGUUGCUUAACGAGGAGUUGCCAAAUUGCUGGGAGUGUCCGAAAUGCUACCAGGAGGACAGCUCUGAGAAAGCCCAGAAGCGGAAAAUGGAAGAGAGUGACGAUGAAGCCGUGCAAGCCAAAGUCCUGCGGCCUCUGCGGAGCUGCGAUGAGCCCCUCACGCCCCCGCCUCACUCACCCACUUCCAUGCUGCAGCUCAUCCAUGACCCGGUUUCUCCCCGGGGUAUGGUGACUCGGUCAUCACCUGGGGCUGGCCCCAGUGACCACCACAGUGCCAGCCGCGAUGAGCGCUUCAAACGGCGGCAGUUGCUGCGACUGCAGGCCACAGAGCGCACCAUGGUACGGGAAAAGGAGAACAAUCCCAGUGGCAAAAAGGAGCUGUCUGAAGUUGAGAAAGCCAAGAUCCGGGGAUCGUACCUAACUGUCACGCUACAGAGGCCCACCAAAGAGCUCCAUGGGACAUCCAUUGUGCCCAAGCUGCAGGCCAUCACGGCUUCUUCUGCCAACCUUCGCCACUCCCCCCGUGUGCUGGUGCAGCACUGCCCAGCCCGAGCCCCCCAGCGUGGGGAUGAGGAGGGGCUGGGGGGAGAGGAGGAGGACGAGGAGGAGGCGGAAGAGGAUGAGGACAGUGCCGAGGAGGGGGGUGCGGCCAGGCUGAACGGCCGGGGCAGUUGGGCUCAGGACGGAGACGAGAGCUGGAUGCAGCGGGAGGUCUGGAUGUCUGUCUUCCGCUACCUCAGCCGCAGAGAACUUUGUGAAUGUAUGCGCGUGUGCAAGACGUGGUAUAAAUGGUGCUGCGACAAGAGACUUUGGACAAAAAUUGACUUGAGCAGGUGUAAGGCUAUUGUACCCCAGGCUCUCAGCGGCAUCAUCAAGAGGCAGCCGGUCAGCCUCGACCUCAGUUGGACCAACAUCUCCAAAAAGCAACUGACGUGGCUUGUCAACAGGCUGCCAGGACUGAAAGACCUCCUCCUGGCGGGCUGCUCCUGGUCUGCCGUCUCAGCCCUCAGCACGUCCAGCUGCCCCCUUCUCAGGACCCUGGAUCUUCGGUGGGCAGUAGGAAUCAAGGACCCUCAAAUUCGGGACUUGCUAACUCCACCAGCUGAUAAACCAGGCCAGGACAAUCGCAGCAAGCUCCGGAACAUGACCGACUUCCGGCUGGCAGGCCUUGACAUCACGGAUGCCACGCUUCGCCUCAUCAUCCGCCACAUGCCCCUCCUGUCUCGACUCGACCUCAGUCACUGCAGCCACCUUACAGACCAGUCCUCCAAUUUGCUCACCGCCGUCGGGUCUUCCACUCGUUACUCCCUCACUGAGCUCAACAUGGCAGGUUGCAAUAAAUUGACAGACCAGACCCUGAUCUACCUACGGCGUAUCGCCAAUGUCACUUUGAUUGACCUUCGAGGAUGCAAGCAGAUCACUCGGAAAGCCUGCGAGCACUUCAUCUCAGACUUGUCCAUCAACAGCCUCUACUGCCUGUCUGAUGAGAAGCUGAUCCAGAAAAUCAGCUAAGACGCACCCGGCCCAGACUGAGCAGGAGCCGGCCUUCCCUGCCUCCCUGCCAGGAGGGCCUCUCGCCCGACCCAGCCCAGACUGAGCAGGAGCCGGCCUUCCCCGCCUCCCUGCCAGGAGGGCCUCUCGCCCGACUCUGCACGGGCUCUGACCCUGCACGGGCUCCAAGGCCAGCGUCGCACUCCCUCUCUGCUCGCCCGUCCCCUACAGGCGGGGCAGAGAGGGUGAUGGACACCAGGCUCACCUGCCUGCUCCUCUCCCUCCUAAGGAAAAAGGAGGGCACAUUGAUCCAGUGGGAAAGAAAGCACAGGCUGUGUGCUGUCAAGGUGCCUGCGAGCCCGCCAGGAGGCCGGGGUCGCAGUUUGGGGGUGUUUGUGCAAGGUUCAUCUGCACUGGGCCCUGGGCCCUUCCUCCCGUGGUCUCCAGGGAAGAAAGUGGCCCUGUCGCCGAGGACUGGCUCUCCUAUGGUCUCCAGCGCGUGUCUCUCCUCCGUCACACUCUCCCGGCUUACGUAGGAGGGGCCAGCAGCCCCAGGAAUGCCAGACCCAUGCAGAUCACACUGGUGCUGUUGAGAUGUCUAGAUCUCUUGUCCACGUCUGUGUGCGCCCUCCUCCUCUCCCGUUAGCUUGAUGCUGUCAACGCUCGUGGUAAUUCAAACAGUGAGGUUUCCCAAGCCCACUGUGCCCACCCCUAGACUUCCCCAGUAGUCUCUCUGAGGUCCGUGUUGCACUUAUUGGGGCUGAGGCUCUUCAGAGGAGCUGAAACUGCCCGCCCCAGGGACACCCCCACUCUAUUGCUUCCCAGGCAGAUUCUGAGACAGGCACCAUCUCCCUGUUUUGCCCCCCAUGACCCCUUGCCAGUGUCCUUGGUUCUGCCUGUGUGGGGCUUUCCCAGGAUGCAGAUGCAUGGCCUCAGGGAGCAGGGGACUGGGUGAGGCUACCUGCCUCCCAUCCAGGCCCCAGGCCUCCGAUUUGGGGACUCCCAGGGCCCAGGCUGUGUUUUGCCCCAGUGGCUCACUGACCUGGCACCUCUGGGCAGGGUCCUGCUUACAAGCCAGUCACCUGCCCUCUGCCUGCAGCCAGGGAAGGGGGUGUGCAUGUGCCUCUGUGUGUGUGUGUGUGUGUGUGUGUGUGUGUGUCUGGGGAGGGAGGGAACUUGUGUUUCCCGCUCCACCGCCCUGUGUGAGUCCCCAUGGCUGCCCCCUUUUACUUUGCAUUGAACGGCCUGUCCAAAGAUCUUCUCUCUAGGGCAGCAGAGAGCUUUUUGCACUUUAAAAGAAAGAAAGAAAGAAAGGUCGGAAUUUCUUCUGGGUCAAUAUUUAAGUGUGUGAGGAGAUGCUCAUAGCAGCAGCCUGUGGCAAGAGCUUAGAGACAAUAGAUGCCAAUUUGCACUCUGCUCCCAUCUGUGAGGGUAUUGAUAGCACAGCCCCCGCCUUCUCGUCCUGCAGCCCCAGCCCUUCCUCGCCUGUCCCGUAGCCCAGUGUCAGACUCUCCUCCCCUCUGAGCCCUGUGGGAUGGGGAGCCAGGAGCCGCGUCAGAGGAGAGACGACCACACCCUUCCAGAAGUGAGAGCAGCAGAGUCCCCUCUGCCACCUCGCCCAGCUGUGACCCUGGCGUUGACCGGCUUCCUGAGAGAAAAAUGGGUCGGGGAGGGGGGCGCAUUGUGUCCGUUCCUUCCGAUCUGCUGAAUCUCGGCUGCACCUUAAAAACACCAGUCUGCUCCCUCGACCCUCUGCCCCUUCCGUUGGUCUCCAGGCCCCAGCAAUCUGGGGCUGUAACUCCGAGGAAAUGCCAGUGACUUAUUCCAGAGUGCCUCAGUUAGGGGGACUUCUCUGUAAAGAACCCUGGGUAUUGAGCAAAAACCUUAUUAAUAUUAUUGUUAAUGACCUAUAAUUGGAAGCUUCCUGCCUUGUUUUGGUUGCUCCUGUGGAAAAUACUGAAAAGAUGACCUUUUUUUUUUCAUUUGCUUUUUUUGUCUUUUGAUAAAAGGGGAGGUGGAGAGACCCCUUCAGAGCAGGGAUUGUGCCGGGAGAGUGCCUCUGACUUUGGGACGUUUCAUCCGCAGAAAUUUCCAAGCUGAUAGUUUGCUUUGAGUUUUGUUUGUUUUUUGGUUUGGAAAAACAAGCAUUUUUCCGUGCACGUAAAUUGGUCAGCAGAAAAGGGAGCCCGGGAGUGGCAGCUGGACCGAUGCCCUGCUGGGUUGUACUUUUCUUUGGGACUGUGAGGGGAGAAUGGUCUGGUCUGCGCAGAGAAGAGGAACCUGGGGAGCUCCGGGCAUUUCUUGCGGUCUGCUCUUAGCUCCGUCCUUGCCAGGAGAGGUUGCCCUCCCAGCACAGGACCAGACACCCUGCCUCCAUCUUUCCAAGCACCGGUGUGAAAAGCCACAGAGGAAAGGAAGAAAAUUUAUAUAUAUAUAAUAUAAAAUCACUUGGUGAUUAAAAAAAUAACUGCUCCAUAAAUAAAACUCCUAAAGUCACUAUGUUUAAAGGGUUUGGUUGUGUUUUUUUGUUUGUUUUUCGGAGAAAUUGUAAAUAUAUAUUUUUUGUUGCUGAUUUAGAGUCCAUCUCCAAUGUUGUGCUAAAAAUUUUAAAUUAAAUGUAAGCAUUAAGGGGGUAAGUCUUACACUAUCUCAGUUGACACAUCGGGGUUAUUUUGGGCCAGGGAAGGAGGGAAGCUUCUCCACUAUUGGUUUUAGAAAGAGCAAGGACAUCUUUCCUCUGACACGUGGGAAUGGGAGAUAUUUGUGUAAUAAAAUUUUUAAAAAAGACAAAAAAAGAAA